AUGCAUAGCGACGGUGUAUUGCUUGCAUUAAAGCUAUAUUUGCAGACUUUACGACAAACUGAUCAUUUCCUCAGCGGUCCGCUUUCGGCAGCGUUACAGAAAUUGACAACUCAGCCCCUCCUCGCUGACCCCGAGAUUUUAUGCUUGGGGGAACUCAACAUGGAUCUUUUAAAGCCCUGGAUUCUGGAGGACAUUCGGCAUUUCACUCCAUGGAUCAAGUACAAUGAUAUACCCAAGUCUGAAAGGAGCACUCAGCUAAAAACGUGGUCUAAGAACACAUUCAAGCUAUUCUCCUCGCAAGCCAAGCUAAAACUGGAGGCGUUUCAAAACUUUGGUGAUAUCUUGGAUUUGCGAAAAAAGCUGCUCGAAUCAUGGCUGCUUGUUCAGUCUUCAACUCCAACCCAUUCAAAUCUGGAAGUGUUAGAAGGUUUACGAGACAUCAUAAACCACCAGCUAAUUUUCAUUCUUCAAGGCCAAUCUGAAGGCAUAGCUAGCCUCGGGAGGGAAAUUAUGUUGAUCAUAAGCUGUCUUUCAACAGGGGAAAGUGGUAAUAACAGGCAUUCGUUAUGGGACCCGAAACUUGCGUCAGUUGACUUCUCGGAAGGUGCUAAAAGCUUCAAGAGUGAGGUUGUCAAUAGAUCUCUAGGCCGAGGAACUGAAUCUUUAAUAUUAUUGGAUUCGUACCAGACCUGGCUUCGAGCUGUCGAAGCUAGAUCUUCUUUAAUUCAUGGCAUGAAAGCUGAUAACUGGGAGGAUAUUGUGGAAGAUGAUAAUGAUGAAGACGUCAUUGAUCAUAUACAUGGAUGCUUAACAGAGGACGAUCCAGCUCUUUUGCAAGAAGAACAUCAAAAGUCUCUGAAGAUAGGAUUUAAGGGACUCCAAGCUGCUUUAGCUGACGGUAUAAACUUGUUUCCCGAAUCGCAUAAGGCUUUGAAAGCCGUUUUUAUUCUACGCAUGAUUCGCGAGAUUCGAAACAAGAUCCCAAGCAAAUUGCUGGACGGAGAGCAACUAGACUUUGCUCGGAAUAUGACGCUGGAAUUACAUACCAUCAUUGCGACAGAUAUUGUGACCCAACUCUCGACACAUAUAACGAAGUUGAAGCCUUUCAAAAACUUUCAUAAGUGUUCCGGCAGAACCCUAUGGGAGGGCAAGCCAGAGCUUCCAGUUCAGCCAUCCCCGGCUGCAUUCAAACUGCUACGGAAGCUUGAAGUUUCAAUGGAAGACCUAGGCCCAGAUCUAUGGAACCCUACUGCUCUUUCUGUCUUGAAAGUCGAAAUUAAGAGAGCGAUCAACAAGCUUCUUGAAGAUAACCACGCGAAAGAACAAGCCGACCCGAAGACUACGUCUUUUGAAAAUGGAGUGGCACAGCAAGAACAACAAACUGUUAGUGGAUAUGAUUCUAGUACUCAGCAGGACUGUAAAAUACAACUCCUGUUUGACCUGAUGUACUUGGAAAACGCAAUGAAAUCUAACACUGCUACUCGGGAAAACUCCCUGACUAUCCAUACUGAAGCUUUGCAGGUGGAAAAUGAAACGAUGGAAACUCUCAGAAAAAGGUCAAUCGCAUAUUGGGAGCGGACUCGGCUUCUCUUUGGGCUGUUGGGCUGUUGA